AGUAUGGCGGCGCACUGGAGUAUCACUGUCAUGCAGUUCGUGAUUUCUAUAGCGACUCGGUGACAUAGAAAACAUUGACUGUGAGUCAUGGAAGACGAGAAAGAAUUCAAGUCCUGGCUUGUGGACAGGGUCAGAGAUCUCAGCGCUGAUGAAAGCGUCAUGGUUCCUUACAUCGAGGGCAUAUUGGAAGGAGAGGAAACUCUGGAUGAGAAACGAGAUGCCCUCCAAGCAAUCCUUGCCGAGCUUGGAGAUGAAGAAAUGGAUAUAUGUGAGGAGAUCUUGAAGAGAUGGAGUUUUGCGCAUGGGAAAGGUGAUGAUACUGAGAGAGAAGGUGCAAAGGCAAUGGAAGUGAAGGACAUAGAAGAGAGAAUCCAUGAAAUCAUGGAACAGCAAGCUCAAAGUAUAGUUGCAGUGAAGCAACGGACACAAGAGGAGCAAGAAAUGCGUGAUGCUAUCCUCACACAGUAUGGAGUGUUGUCAGAUGAGGAGGAAAUUGUUGCUGAAGAAGGAGAGAAGUCAUCAUCAUCUGAUUUAUCCCUGGUCCCCAAGAAUACCAAUGCUGAAGUUAUAGCCCGGAUGGAAAAGGAGAAGAGGGAAAAGGCCAAACUUGAGGCUGAGAAGAAAAAACAGCAAGAUAAACUCAACAGGGAGAAACAGAAGCAAGAAGCAACAGAGAGGAAGGAAAAGGAAAAGAAGCGUACACAGAAAGGUGAAAAGAAACGAUAGCAAAGGCCUCCAGGCUGAUGGAAAAAAAAUUCCAGAUACCUGAUUGAAAUUGAUAUAUAGUUUCACUGAUGUGGGGGCAGGUGUUUAGUCUCUGUGUUCUCUGAAGAGACACUCUCACUACCCUCUCCAAUCACAGGAGAAGGCAUUGUUGGCUGACCCCAAAGUUCCACAGACCCUGUGAGGCCCUGCAAGCUGUUCAAUCCAUCAUGAAGAUGACUUCACACCUGCCAGUGGAGGACACAGUAUCUAAGAAGAUAGUGAGUGUUGCAUAUGAAUUGAAGACAUCUGUCCAAAACAGUGUUGUGUUGGCCUAUGCUACAUUGCCCUUGUGGCUACUGUGCCUCUCUGUGUCAACCCCCAGAGUUAAUUUGCCUGUAGAUGCUCAAUGUUCCAUUUAUGAUGUCAUUUCCAGUUGAGAUGACAUCAGGGGCAUGUUAAACUCAGAACUCAGAGCUCGCUCUCUCUCUCUCUCUCUCUCUCUCUCCCUCCCUCCCUCCCUCCCUGCAUCA